AUGUCGAGUUCCGUCAGAAAUAUUUUUGUUAUUUUCACCUGUCUUCAUCUGACUGUUGGUCAGGUAGUCUACUGCCCUUCUCUAGCAUUAUAUCAAAGUAGAUAUGGCGUUUGCUUAAUGGCUGCUGGUUUGCUUGUUGAUUGGGAUACGGCUGAGAAUUUAUGCGUUUUUCAAGGCGGACAUCUUUUGAGGAUUGAUGAUAGAGAUGAGAACGAUUAUCUCAUAAAAUAUAUCAACGUUUUUGGGGAAAAUCAUGAAUAUUUUUACAUUGGUUGUAAGUAUACGAGUUCAAAAUGGCAGUGGACUGAUGGUCUUCCAGUUUCUUUUGAUAACUUUAAUGUUGACGAGGUAGCGAAUGAAAACGCUGUUGGUUGGAUAUACGCCAACAAAACAUCUGAAGAUUUAGGGAAAUGGUUCGCCGGCAGUGGAAAUAAGAACUUUCCUUUUCUCUGUGAAAUUCCACCAUGCUCUCAAGAUCGUUAUUUAACUGCUGACAUCAACGGUACUUAUAUUCGCUAUGAUUCAGCUUUCGAAAAAUACUAUUUUGGUAACAAUUUCAUCACUGGGAACUAUAGAAAAGCCUAUCAAGAAUGUGAACGAUUAUCAGGGUUCUUGCCUGUUAUUGAAAAUGCAGCUGAAAACGAAUCCCUAAGAAACAUCAUGAACGAGCUUCUACCGGAUGUUGAGCAAGCUGUGAUAGGAUUGAGUUAUGAUAGCGAUGAAUGGAAAUGGGUACGAGACAAUUCAACUUAUACGAAUUGGGGUCCAGGGGAACCAACUAUAAAAGAUUCAUCUGCGGCUGUUGUUCUAUCUUUAGAUUCUGGAGUUUGGCAUACAGUACCCAACUCCAAUGAGCUGUUCUUGAUAUGCUCAGCUUGGAAAUCAAGAAAACUAUGUUGA